AGAAAGCGCGGGGCCCGUAGCACGUGCUACCGGGACUGGGAGGGCAGAGAACACGAUGGAUCAAAGAAAUAAUGGCAACACUGGGAACGAUUUGGACAGAGUACGCAAUACGACAGAAAGGUUUAGGGAUGCAGUGAACCAAGUGAUAAGGAACAGAAAGAGACAGCCCUGACCUUCUUCCUAUGAAAAUUCUAUGGAUCUCCAGGGUCGUAGCGACCAGAAGGAUAGUCAUCAUUGCAUCCGUGAUUUGCCACCCAGAGGCGACGGUGCUAUUUUCACAAGCUCUAUAAGGCACGUGUUCUGGACAUCUUUAUAGAAAAUGUAUGUCUGAAUCACAAGAUAUAUUCACCGUGUCUGUACUGGUCUGUACUGACACCUGUAAGACACUACUUUCUUCAGAACUAAUGAUUCUACGGUGGCGCCAUCUAUGAAUGGGAUUUCAAUUUUUAGUCUGGCCGGUCUCAGCAGAGAGUAUGGAGAGUAUUUCUUAGAGAGUGGGUGUCAGUGAUAAUGUAGUGCAGGACGCUAAACACGGUAUAAUUUGUUCUGCAUUGUUCUGUGACAAGUGAACAUGAACAGCGAAUGCCGUGGAUCAUAUAAUGAUAAGCGGAGGGCUUGAAGAUAUAGCAGAUAAAGUUCACGUGGAGUGUGCCAGUGUGUGUACAGAUUGAUACAGAUUGAACGCAUAUAUAUUUAUAUAAUUGGCCAGAUAAUAUAGGCCAGUGCAGAGUAUAUAUCGGGCCGGUGUUUCCAAACAAAUUAUCCGAUUCACCUCAAGCAAUUUGAAUGAAAGGAAACGUCUUCCAGAGGAUUCCUGAUCUCACGUGGUUUUGGUUGUGAGGAUAGACCAAGAGAGGAAUCAUACUUUUGUGGGAGGAACUGAGAGCACGGCGUCAGUACUGAGAAAGCGGUGAAAAUACAUUUUUUUAAAACAUUGCACCAUGAGUCGGAAGCUUGCUGUUAAAAUUGGAAUUAUUGGUGGAUCAGGAUUAGAUGAUCCAGAUAUUUUGGAGAAUAGAAGAGAGACACUUGUCUCCACACCAUUUGGAGACCCAUCCGAUGCUCUUAUUGAAGGUACUAUAAAUGGGGUGCCUUGUGUUUUACUAGCAAGACAUGGGCGUAAACACACCAUUAUGCCAUCAAAAGUCAACUAUCGAGCUAACAUUUGGGCUCUGCGAGAGAUUGGGUGCACACAUAUUUUAGCAUCAGCAGCUGUGGGAUCUUUACAAGAAGAGAUGAAACCAGGAGAUUUGGUUCUUCUGGAUUCUUUCAUUGACAACACAAAAUCAAGAAUUCAGACAUUUUACAAUGGUGAUGAAGGCUCGUUGCCUGGAAUAUGCCAUUUACCAAUGAGGCCUGCGUUUUGCCCCGCCACUCAGACUGUGGUGUUGGAAGCAGCCAAAGCUGUCAAUGUGUCUGUAAAGCCAUCAGGAACAAUAGCCGUGAUAGAUGGGCCUCGCUUUUCAAGCCUUGCGGAAAGUAAUAUGUAUCGAAUCCUGGGGGCACAUUUAGUUGGAAUGACAACUGUACCUGAAGUUGUGCUUGCAAAGGAAGCUGGAUUGUGUUACAUAACUCUUGCAGUUGUUACUGAUUAUGAUUGCUGGAGAAGUGUUGAAGAAGUUGUGUCUGCAACGUCUGUCAUAGCAAUGUUUCAGAAGAAUGUUCAGAAGUUGAUUGAUGUCUUCCGUAAAGCUGUUUCACUAAUUGCUGAGAAAAACUGGGAUGAAUCAAUUGAGGGUUUAGCAGCAACUGUGAAGACAAGUGUGUUGCUACCUCACUGAAUAAUUUAUUCAUAAAAAUCAAUUCCCAAAUAAUACUUUCAUUCUUAUUGAAUGAAGUGAAUUAUUGUGAUAAAAUGUGACUAAUAAAAUAUUUUAAAAUAAAGUACUAUUGUAUCUUAAUAGUAAUUCUUGACACUUCAUUAAAUAAACAAAUAUAUUCUUGGGAUUAUGUAAUAUUAAGAUGUUUACUGUUACCAUUCUGAGUCUAUAUUGCACCUCAGAAUAUAUGAUACAGAUAAGAAUAGAUUUACAGUUUUCAAUUAAAAUAUUUGCUGUCAGUAGAGUAACUCCCAUCACUCAUAAGUUUUAACUGAAAAUGUGCCCAGAUAGAGAAAGGAUGGAUUUCACUGUCUCUCCAGUGUACACUGGCAACUCAGAACCUCAAAUCAGGUGGGACAACACAAAUAUCCAAAUUAGAGAGACACUAUUUUGAUUGAUAUUUUUUAAAAAAAGGAAAAAAACUUAGGUGACCUUACAGCUUUGGGUACCCUUGUAAGGACUUUUUAAUUUCUAAUAAUGGGGGGGGG